CGACCUACACAGGGGGAUGGGUCGCGUAUUCAAGAUGCAACUCGGUUCAGAGUGCCAUCGGGAAGGGAAGGGAAAGGGGUGUGAGCUUUGGGCCUAAGCUAGUUAACUAUCUACGUACCCAACUACUGUACUGCACCCGUCUCCUCUCCUUUCUACAUAUCUACCACAAGGGAGCCGGAUUCCGCUCCCACGGCCCCACAUUCCACCGGGGUCGAUGACCUUGAUGUCGGGAAUAAGCUUAACUCGGACUACCCUCCCACCAAUGACGAGUCUACUUCCUUCCUUCCCCCUUGAUGUCAUGCCCCCGGCUUCUGUCAUUUUCGAAUCAACCCAGCUCAGAAAUAAGGCAGGACAGGAGGGAUCCACGUUCGCCGAAAGCGCACGGUCAACAGAUCGGUUUGCAAAAACGAGCACCUCAUCUAUUCGUUUCCGAAAACACAACCAUGGCAGCUGUAGUCGACCCCAACACCCCGACCCCCGCAGGCACCAACCUCACCACCGUCAACGUAACCCUCACCCUCGACACGCCCACCAAUAACUCUGUCGUCGGUUUCGGCGACGCCACCGCCCCCGACGCAAACUUCCGACCCGUCCCCAUCCUCCCCGCGCCCAGCACCACAAACACCAGCACAAAUGCCACCGCCCCGCGCCCCGGGGGAAGUCUCGGCGGGCCGCCCCGCGCGUUGGUCCUCCAAUCCUUCACGGACCUCCAAACCUCCAACCUCAACUCCGCCAUCUUCGGCUUCCUGACCGCGUGGUGUCUGUACACGACGUACACGGCGUGGCGCGCGUACCGGUCCCGGCGCAAACCGAUCUACCUGCUCAACGGGCUGCAGACGACCCUCGUGGCGAUCAAGACGGUGUGCGCGACGUGCUACGCGACGCUGAAUGCCGCCGGGCUGGACUGUGCCGCCCGCAGCCCAUUGAUGAAUGUGCCGCUGGUGUUGGCGUGGGACAGUAUCUGGGCGAUCAUGUUGGUCAAGCUGCUGUUGUUUACGGAGUGGAAGAGGACUAGUAAGGCGCUGGUUGGGGCGGCCGCCGUGGCGCAUUUUGCGGUGGUGGUGUAUGGGGUCGUGAGGCGCACCAGCACCGUGUCGGUGACGGGGUUGUGUGGGGAUAAAUAUCCGUUGGUGUUCAAGCAUCAGUAUGCUAUUGAGUUGGGGCUGGAAAUCGUAACGACAGGCAUGCUCCUGCAAGGCAUCACCUCGCGACGUCGCGGGGGUGUGUUUGCGUCCACGAAAGAGGUGUUUCGACAGCUGCAGGCGAAUGAACAUACGAGAGUGUUUUUCGCCCUCAUAUUCGUAACACUCAAAAUCCUCUUCACCUACGGCAACUUCAGUCUGGUCGCCGGGCUAACACACGCGGUCGACUCGGCUCGCUCGGCCGUGGUGUCAUGGGCGCUCGUGAAGGAACAGCGCAAUUCAGUAGCGCGGAAACACGCCGCGGCCGCCGCAUCCAAAAACACUCAAAGCCAGAACGCACGGUCCCGCAACCAAAGCGCCAAACCGGGCGGAAAAGCAGGGUAUGACACACAAGGCAAAGGGGACGGGACUGUAAAGACAAUGCAGAAUGGUGCGGUGAGGAAUACACGUAUCGCCACCACACCCCCAGUGCAGGAAUCGCAGGAUGAGGAUUUGGAUCUGAGUUUUGGGGAUAUACCGGGGUUUGAUUACCAUGGGCGGGAUGAUGAGGAGGGGAGUCGGGAUGCGUUGGCGCGGAAGGGGGAGGAGGAGGGAGACGGGAGUCGGGAGACUGUUGCUGGGGAUGGUGAUAUUGUCUAGCGGAGGUGAGGGUUGUGUUGUCGGGAGUCGGAGCGCUAAGGGAUUAAGCCGUAUGUUCUAUGAAUAUGUCAAGUGUUCAUAUACGUAUAGGUACUGUACGGAAUGGGCUUUAUUGGGACGUGCUGCUCUUUUGGGUGGGUGGGUUUUCUGAAGGGCGAGGCCCAGUGCGCACAUCCUGGUACAGUACGCUAUCCUAAAUAUAAACUCCCUGCCACGCG